AUGGCCACUACUGAGAAGCAGCUCAGCUCUCAAAGUCUGGAUGAUGUCCCACCAAAAGAAAAGGAUGUCGCUGCGCUACCUCUCUCCGAUGCCACCGUUGAUAUUGAGACAACCUAUGGGGUGAACGAGAAAGCCUUGCUCCGGAAACUGGACUAUAAGCUGCUACCCGCUCUCACCCUCCUGUACCUGUUGUCUUUCUUGGAUCGUAGCAAUGUUGGCAACGCGCGGGUGGAGGGUUUGGUCACAGAUUUACACAUGACCGGCAAUCAGUACCUGACUGGCCUAACGCUGUACUUCAUCGGCUAUGUUCUGUUCGAGAUUCCCUGCAAUGUGGUACUUAAAUUGACGUCGCCCAAAAUAUGGCUCCCCACUUUGACACUCGCCUGGGGCAUCGUCGCUACUCUCCUUGGUGUCACACAAAACAUGGCAGGCUUCUUUGCGGCGCGCUUCUUUCUAGGUGUUACCGAGAGUGGACUCUUCCCUGGAGUUGUCUUUUACUUGUCCAUGUGGUACAAACGAGAGGAACAACAUUACAGAAUUUCUCUCUUCUUCAGUGCUGCGUCCCUGGCCGGCGCGUUUGGGGGUGUACUUGCUUGGGGCAUUGCUCACAUGAGGGGCGUGGGUGGUCUCAACGGCUGGCGGUGGAUCUUUAUCCUCGAGGGCAUCCUGACUGUCCUGGUCUCCCUCGCCGCCUACUUCUUCAUCGCCAACUAUCCUUCAACGGCCAAGUUUUUGACAGACAAAGAACGCGCCAGCAUCCAUACUCGUCUAGCAUCCAACAGCGACGCCACGCGAAACGAAGCCUUCACGUGGCAGAACGUGCGCCUUGCACUUAGUGACCCCAAAGUCUGGCUCUAUGGGCUGGGGUUCCACACCAUGAGCCUACCUCUCUACACCCUCUCAUUGUUCCUUCCCACGAUAAUUACAGAACUCGGCUACACAGCCGCCCAAGCUCAGCUUCUCACCGUCCCACCCUACGCCGUGGCAUUUGUUACCACACUUGCAGUAGCCGUGGCCUCUGAAAAGCUCAAAAUCCGAGCGCCGUUCAUCAUGGGGCCCGCAUCCUUCGCUGUAAUCGGCUACAUCAUUCUGCUCUCGUCUGAGAAAGCUGGCGUUGCGUACGUAGGCACCAUCUUCGCAGCAGCUGGCAUUUAUCCUGCCACCGCAAUUGUCCUGUCCUGGCCGGCGAACAACGUUAGCGGACAGACGAAACGCGCAACGGCGAAUGCGAUGCAGAUCUCGAUUGGCAACUUGGGUGCUGUGCUGGGCACGCAGCUUUACAGAAGUCGCGACGGGCCGAGGUUUUUUGUGGGUCACGGCUUCGCCAUGGGCUACUUGUGCAUGAAUGUUAUAGUGGUGGGGUCGCUGUGGGCGAUUUUGAGAGCGGAGAAUGCAAGACGAGACAGGGGCGAGAGGAAUGAUAGGCUCGUCGGUGUAGCUACUGACGAGUGGCUGGGAGAUGAUGAUCCGAGAUGGAGAUUCCAGACUUGA